AUCAACUUCCCUUGAAAGUGAGGCGUCGUUUGACACUAUGCUACCUAGAUAUGUGAAGUGGUCUACCACGUUAAGGGGCUGUCCAUUUACUGUGAUCCUUGUGGCUGAGUAUGUUUCAUUGGGUGACUUCUGGAACAUGACUUCUGUUUUCCCGAGGUUUAUAGAUAGACCGAAAGCGGCGGCAGCGUAUGCAAAUUCGUUUACCGCGUUCUGGAGGUCAUGUUCAUUGUGAGCUAGCAGGGCGCAAUCAUCGGCAUAGAGAAGCUCCGUUAUAAAACUCAACAAAACGUACGAAAGCAGUUCGCUAGCAUACCGUACUGAUAGAACAGCUGCCAACUUAUUGUCUCCAAAACCAGAGUCCCAAUCAUCGUAUCAUCAAACAUUUUUGGCUAGAUCUAGAGAUCUAGACUCUAUGUUAUAUCUAAAAUAUUUGAUAAAUUGGUGGAAAUCUAGGCCUGUCAACCCAACCUCAGAACCUCCCAUUAUGACUGAAACAGAGCGAGAUUCAACUCUUGAGCUGAACCAUGCCUUAAAACAUGUGAAGAAGGAAAUAGAAGAAACAGAUUUGUUGACACAACCAUGUGAAGAACAAGGCUUCAAAGUGUCAAUGAUAAAAAUUGAGAAGAUAGAUGAUGAAUCAGACUUGAAUACACAAGAAACAGAAAACUAUUACUAUGAAAAAUCUUCUACUGUAAACCCUGGGCAUGAGGAAAAUACUAUAAAGAAAGAGAUAGAAAUGACUAAUGUCACAGAUAGCAAUAGACUACAGUCCUUGCCUUCAGGACAACUAGCUGUGUCAGUGAAGGUGGAGGUCAUUAAUGAAGAAAAGGAAAUGACUUCAGAAAUAAAUGUACUCACUGAUAAUAUACAAGAUGGAAUGGUUGAAGACUAUUCUAAAGAAAUUAAUUUAGGUAAACAGAUAUGUGAUGAAAUUGAAAGAAAAUGCCUCAUAGGAUUUUCUGAACCUAAUCAUCUACACCAGCUGAUUUAUACUGGUCCAAAAUCAUUUCAAUGUCAAAUCUGUCUUAAGGUAUUUUCUGAUCCUACUCAGUUAAAAAAACAACGGCGGAUUAAAACGGAAAAAAAAAAAUUUAAAUGUCAAAUUUGUCAUAAAGAAUUUACUAAACCUUCUUAUUUGAAAGCUCACCAAGUUGUUCAUACAGGUGAAAGACCUCAUAAAUGUCAAAUAUGUCAAAAAGGAUUCACUCAAGCUUCACAUUUAAGAUCUCAUCAAGUGGUUCAUACUGGUGAUAAACCAUUUAAAUGUCAAAUAUGUCUAAAAGGAUUUUCUAACUCUUCACGCUUAAAAUAUCACCAAGUGGUUCAUUCUAAUGAAAAACCAUUUAAAUGUCAAUUAUGCCCAAGAGGAUUUUCUCGAUCUUCAGAUUUCAAAGCUCAUCUAGCGACUCAUGGUGAACAGCCACAUAAAUGUCACAUUUGUCAUAAAGUAUUCACCCAACCUUCACAAUUAAAAAAUCAUCUAGUGGCUCAUACUGGUGAUAAACCAUUUAAAUGUCAAAUAUGUCUCAAAGAAUUUUCUUAUCCUUCUGGUCUGAGAAGUCACCAAGUGGUCCAUACUACUGAAAAGCCAUUUAAAUGUCAAACAUGUCCAAGAGAAUUUUCUCGUUCUGCAGAUUACAAAGCGCACCUUUUGAUUCAUACUGGGAAAAAACCACAUAAAUGUCAAAUAUGUCAAAAAGCAUUCACUCAAGCAUCACAUUUACGAUCUCAUCAAUUUGUUCACACUAGCGAUAAACCUUUUAAAUGUCAAAUAUGUCUAAAAGGAUUUUCUCACUCAUCACGCUUAAAAUAUCACCUAGUGGUUCAUACUACUGGAAAGCCAUUUAAAUGUCAAAUAUGUUUCAAAGAAUUUGCUCUAUCUUCACAAUUAAAAGUUCACCAAGCUGUUCAUACUAGUGAAAAAGCUUUUAAAUGUCAAUUAUGUCCAAGAGAAUUUCAUCAUUCUUCAAAUUACAAAUCUCACCUUUUGAUUCAUACUGGUGAAAAACCACAUCAAUGUCAAAUUUGUAAAAAAAGAUUCACACAGGCUGCACAUUUAAGAUCUCAUCAACUUGUUCAUUCUGGCAAAAAGACCCAUUUGUCAAUGUAAUGGCUCACCAAGUUAGUCAUACUAGUGAAAACUCUUAAUUUAAUGUCAUAUAAGUCUUCAAGAAUUUUCAAUAUCUUCAUAUUUAAAAAAAACACUAACUGAUUUAUACUGGUAAAAGAAACAUUGCAAUGCAAAAAUAUUUUUUUCCAAACUUAUGGUUGAAUCAAUCUUUUGGUUAAUACUAGUUAAAAAACUGAAUGUCACAUGUCUGAAACAAUUUUUUAAUCUUUCUUAUUUAAAAAACAAAAAAACCCAGCUUAAUUAAUACUUCUAAAAAAAAAGUUAAUUGUUUUCUCGCUGUCCAUAGCUCUCUUGGUUACUGUCGGUGUCUCCAACUAGUGCGGUCUAGUGCUAUGUCUUCCCAAUGGCUAGUAUCGAUGUUCACUGAUUUUAAAUCCCGUUUUAUCACAUCUACGUAAUGGAGGGGGGGGGGGGGGUCCAGUUUUCUUGAGCCAGACAGAAGUGCCUGCAUGAAUGAUUUUUGGGAUACGAUUGUCCUCCAUCCGGUGAACAUGUCCUAGUCAGCGCAGGCAGGGUUUCCCGAUGACUGUAAAGAUGCUGAGAAGGCCCAUUCUAAGCACUAAGUCAUUAACAAAUGGUGUUUUUUUUAUGUACUGGGCACCUAUGUUUCUGACAGAAAAAAAUCAAAGAAAUGUAGCAAUUAAAUGACCAAAAGUUCAUUAGCUAACAAUGAAAAUUUUUAUUUAUGCACUGUUUCUUUAGGUAGUCAAAGUUGGCUUGUUGGUUGACCUUGUGCUUAUAUUCAUCAACUAAUUGUUUAUUCAUGUAAUUGUGCAAAAAUAAACACAACUUUUUCAUAAAAUAAAAAAUAUUAAUCUCUUUACAAUUUAAAAAGAAAUAUAUUCAGUACUUUAAAAUUCUGUCCUAUAUAUAUAGCCUAUACAUCUUAUCUAAGUUUGUAUUUCAUUUUGUAUUUUAAAUUAUUUGAUUGUAGGCCUAAUAGUGCUCUUUUUUUUUUUUGUUUUUUUGGAACAUCUGUUUAAUAGGCUCGUGCCAUAAAAACUUUAGAAAAGUUUUGUAUUUCAAUAAAAUUAGUGUAAUGGUAUAUCAGA